AUGACCACCACCACAACCUACACUAAUAUCACCAUCAACAUCACCACCACCAUUUCCAUCACAGUUGUCUUUCCUGUCACCAUGACCAUCGCCAUGUCAUCAUGGGAUAGAAGUGGCCGGGACCCAUCCUGUGGGAGCGUGCUACGUUUCCAUUUCUCUCACACCUUAGAGCAGACCCAGGAGCACACUCUGUUCACGCCCCUGGUGGGCUUCGUGGUCACGGCCAUCAUCAUGUGCAUCGUCGUCAUGGUCCUUGCCUACAAGUGCCUGCAGAAGCCCAAGUAUGAGGUGCAGUGGAAGGUGGUGGAGGAAAUCAACGGCAAUGACUACGUGUACAUCGACCCCACGCAGCUCCGCUAUGACCUCAAAUGGGAGUUCCCCAGGGGCAGGCUGAGCUUCGGGAAGACCCUGGGGGAGGGCGCCUUCGGGAAGGUGGUGGAGGCCACGGCCUAUGGCCUGAUAAAGUCAGACACCGCCAUGACCGUCGCCAUGAAGAUGCUCAAACCAAGCGCCCUUCUGAUUGAGCGGGAAGCUCUCAUGUCCGAGCUCAAGGUCCUGAGUUACCUGGGCAACCACGUGAACAUCGUAAACCUGCUGGGCGCCUGCACCGUGGGAGGGCCCAUUCUGGUCAUUACAGAAUACUGUUGCUAUGGUGAUCUUCUGAAUUUUUUGCGGAGAAAGCGCGAUUCAUUUAUCUGCUCGAAGCAGGAAGAUCCUGUGGAAGCCGCCCUGUGUAAGAACCUCCUGAAUUCGAAGCAGUCCUCCUGCAGUGACAGCACCGAUGAGUACAUGGACAUGAAACCCAGUGUCUCCUAUGUCAUCCCCACCACAGCAGACAAAAGGAGAAGAACUAGAAUUGGCUCCUACAUAGAGCGGGAUGUGAGUCCCACCGUCAUGGACGACGACGAGCUGGACCUGGAGGAUUUGCUGAGCUUCUCGUACCAGGUGGCCAGGGGCAUGGCUUUCCUGGCCUCCAAGAAUUGCAUCCACAGAGACUUGGCAGCCAGGAACGUCCUCCUGACCCACGGUCGGAUCGCCAAGAUCUGUGAUUUCGGUCUAGCCAGAGACAUCAAGAAUGAUUCCAAUUAUGUGGUGAAAGGAAACGCCCGGCUGCCCGUGAAGUGGAUGGCCCCAGAAAGCAUCUUCAACUGUGUGUACACGUUUAAAAGCGAUGUGUGGUCCUACGGCAUCUUCCUGUGGGAGCUGUUCUCCUUAGGCAGCAGCCCCUACCCGGGAAUGCCUGUGGACUCCAAGUUCUACAAGAUGAUUAAAGAAGGCUUCCGUAUGCUGAGCCCCGAACACGCCCCUGCUGAGAUGUAUGACAUCAUGAAGACCUGCUGGGACGCCAACCCUCUGAAGAGGCCGACCUUCAAGCAGAUCGUCCAGCUCAUGGAGACGCAGAUUUCCAACAGUACCCAUCAUGUGUACUCCAACGUAGCCACCUGCAGCCCCAAGCCAGCGCAAGCCGUGCUGGAGCACUCUGUGCGUGUUAACUCUGUGGGGAGCAGCGCGUCCUCCACGCAGCCGCAGCUGGUGCACAAAGAUGCUUGAGCGGCCUCGGAGGACUGUGGCCCCAUGCCGGUCCCUGAACCCUGUCUCCAGGAGCACACUUUAGUGGCUGACGAGGUCACUCUGCCCCAUCCCCCACCCCCCUCCAUCCCCUUGCAUAGGUUUGAACUAUACAUAUUAUUCCCCGGGCGCAGAGGGAGCCCAGCACCGUGGCACUGGCUCAGUGCCCCAGCAGUCCUUUUCCAAGACUUCCCCAG